AAGAUUUUCAUGGAUGAAAAUCAAAACGUUUUAGGCAUCCCCCAGGAAAAUAUAUCUGGAUCCCUGGACUUUGGGGUGUGUUUUGUUUUAAUCUAGCGAGCAAAUAAUCAACAGAAAAAUUCCUGGGAAUUUCCUAUUGGUGCAGCGUGUCUUUUUUUUUUUUUUUUUUUCUUUUUUUCCCCCCUUUUCUCUCCUUUUUUUUUUCCAGUGUUGGAAAAUAAUUUUAGCACUUUCAAGACAAUGGAAUGAUGGCCUUCCUUUUGGCAUGCUCUUCUGGAAUGGGACUUCAAACUGGACAAGUCUUGGUCAUUUCCUUGUGUUGAGACAUGAGAUCUUCAGCUUCCAGAUUGUCCAGCUUCUCCUCAAGGGAUUCAUUAUGGAAUCGGAUCAUGCCGGACCAGAUCACUGUGUCGGAGUUUAUUGUUGAGACGACGGAAGAUUACAAUUCCCCAACGACGUCCAGUUUUACCACCCGGCUACAGAACUGCAGGAACACCGUCACGCUGCUAGAAGAGGCUUUAGAUCAGGACAGAACUGCACUACAAAAAGUGAAAAAAUCUGUAAAAGCAAUAUAUAAUUCUGGGCAAGAACAUAGCCAAAAUGAAGAAAGCUAUGCACAAGUGCUAGAUAAAUUUGGAAGUAAUUUCUUAAGUAGAGAUAAUCCAGACCUGGGCACUGCUUUUGUAAAAUUUUCCACGCUAACUAAGGAAUUGUCAACACUGCUUAAAAAUCUGCUGCAAGGCUUGAGCCAUAAUGUUAUCUUCACCUUGGACUCCCUGUUGAAAGGGGAUUUGAAAGGAAUUAAAGGGGAUCUCAAAAAGCCGUUUGAUAAAGCCUGGAAGGAUUAUGAGACCAAAUUCACGAAAAUUGAAAAGGAAAAAAGGGAACAUGCCAAACAACAUGGGAUGAUACGAACAGAGAUUACUGGGGCCGAGAUAGCAGAAGAAAUGGAGAAAGAGAGAAGGCUGUUUCAGCUCCAGAUGUGUGAAUAUCUCAUUAAGGUUAAUGAAAUCAAGACGAAAAAGGGUGUGGACCUUUUACAAAAUCUUAUUAAGUAUUAUCAUGCACAAUGCAAUUUCUUUCAAGACGGCUUGAAGACAGCUGAUAAACUCAAACAGUACAUUGAAAAGCUAGCUGCUGAUUUAUAUAACAUAAAACAAACACAAGAUGAAGAAAAGAAGCAACUUACUGCGUUGAGGGACUUGAUAAAAUCCUCAUUACAACUUGACCAAAAAGAGGAUUCACAGAGCCGGCAAGGAGGAUAUAGCAUGCAUCAACUUCAGGGAAAUAAAGAAUAUGGCAGUGAAAAGAAAGGAUACCUUUUAAAGAAAAGUGAUGGCAUACGGAAAGUUUGGCAGAGAAGAAAAUGCACAGUUAAAAAUGGCAUCCUGACCAUUUCCCAUGCAACUUCAAACAGGCAACCUGCUAAAUUAAACCUGCUUACAUGCCAAGUGAAACCAAACGCCGAAGACAAGAAAUCAUUUGACCUGAUAUCACAUAACAGAACGUACCAUUUUCAGGCAGAAGAUGAGCAGGAUUAUGUCGCGUGGAUAUCAGUACUGACCAACAGCAAAGAAGAAGCUUUAAAUAUGGCCUUCCGUGGAGAACAGAGCACAGGGGAGAACAGUCUAGAAGAUCUUACAAAAGCCAUCAUCGAUGACAUUCAGAGAUUGGCUGGAAAUGAUGUCUGUUGUGACUGCGGAUCACCAGAUCCAACUUGGCUUUCUACUAACCUGGGCAUUUUAACCUGUAUAGAAUGUUCCGGAAUACACAGAGAAAUGGGUGUUCAUAUUUCUCGAAUCCAAUCUUUAGAACUGGACAAAUUAGGAACAUCCGAACUCUUGCUGGCCAAGAAUCUAGGAAAUAAUAGUUUUAAUGACAUUAUGGAGGGAAACUUACCGACGCCGUCUCCAAAACCCACUCCAUCAAGUGAUAUGACUGCCCGCAAAGAAUUUAUUACUGCUAAAUACGUUGAUCAUAAGUUCUCCAGAAAGACCUGUGCGUCGGCAGCGGCUAAACUGAAUGAACUGCUAGAGGCUGUUAGAUCCAAGGAUUUACUUGCACUACUUCAAGUCUAUGCAGAAGGAGUUGAACUAAUGGAACCACUCUUAGAGCCUGGACAGGAGCCAGGUGAAACUGCUCUUCAUUUAGCAGUCCGGACUGCUGAUCACACCACACUCCAUCUGAUCGACUUCCUUGUACAAAACUGUGGAAACCUGGAUAAGCAAACAGUGUUGGGGAAUACAGUUCUACAUUAUUGCAGUAUAUAUAACAAACCAGAGUGUUUGAAGUUGGUUUUGAAGGGGAAGCCAACUUUGCAUAUAGUAAAUCAAGCUGGCGAAACUCCCCUGGACACAGCAAAGAGACUGAAAGCUAUCCAGUGUGAAGAUCUGCUUUCCCAGGCCAAAGUGGGGAAACUAAAUCCGCACGUUCACGUCGAAUACGAGUGGAAUCUUCGGCAGGAAGAAAUGGAUGAAAGUGACGAUGACCUGGAUGACAAGCCUAGUCCGAUUAAGAAAGAACGCUCUCCGAGACCGCAGAGUUUUUGUCAUUCUUCCAGUAUUUCUCCUCAAGACAAAAUGGCUCUUCCCGGUUUUAGCACUCCACGAGACAAACAGAGACUGUCCUAUGGCGCCUUCCCACAUCAGAUUUUUCUCUCUGCCAGCAUCGACUCUGCCACUUCACCAACAACUGUAGAUGGGCCCCCACUUCCUCCAAGAAAUGCUGGAAAAGGUCCAACAUGCCCUCCUUCAACUCUCCCAUUAAGCACUCCAGCCUCUAGUGGCAGCUCCACCCUGUCUAAGAAGAAGCCCCCUCCCCCACCCCCUGGACACAAAAGAACCCUAUCAGACCCACCCAGCCCACAACCACAUGGGCCCCAGAAUAAGGCCCAAAUGUCUUGGGGUAAUGAUCUGGGUCCACCAGCCACCAAAACGGCAAAUAAGUUUGAAGGGAUGUCUCAACAGUCAAGCACCGGGACUGCUAAGACUGCCCUGGGCCCAAGAGUGCUUCCCAAACUACCUCAAAAAGUGGCAUUACGAAAAAUAGAAACGAUUCACCUUCCUUCACUAGACAAAUCCAGCCACCACUCGGAAAUCUUUCAAAAGUCGGCUUCUCUUUGUAUCGAUCUGCCCCAGAAGCCCCAGCCUGCAGAUUUAGCCCCCAAACCAGGAGAAUUGCCCCCCAAACCCCAACUGGGGGACCUGCCCCCCAAACCCCAACUAGCCGACUUACCUCCGAAACCGCAAAUGAAGGAUCUCCCUCCAAAGCCACAACUAGGAGAAACGUUGGCAAAAUCUCCUGGUGGGGAGCUAUCCCCCAGAUCUCAGCCUCCCGAGGCCAAUCAGAAAUCACCCAAUAUGGAUCUUUCCCCAAAGAUACAAUCGAAAGAGAUUGUCCAGAAACAAGCAUCUGAAGACUCUGGAGAUACGACCCCCGGAUCAGCUGAAACCCCUGUGCCACUUCCUAGAAAAAUAAACAUGGGAAAGAAUAAAGUCAGGAGGGUGAAGACAAUCUACGAUUGCCAAGCAGAUAACGACGACGAGCUUACAUUUGUGGAAGGUGAAAUUAUAAUCGUAACAGGAGAGGAGGAUCAAGAGUGGUGGAUCGGCCACAUCGAAGGAAAGCCGGAACGGAAAGGGGUCUUCCCCGUCUCCUUCGUCCACAUUUUAUCAGACUAACUCCAGCCAGAAAUUUUGAGCAUUGCACAUCAUUCCUGCAAAGUCAGGCUUUAAGCACGAAGCAAGACAGCUGCUGCAUCCCUGCAAUUCUGUGCAUAAUUGUGGAUAUUGAUGUAUAUAUAUAUAACUGCUGUUAACGAGAAAUCGGUCCUGCCCGUACGAAGGGCUCGUCAUACCUGUAAUUGUAUAUAGAAGGUGUUCCUUUGCCAUUGCCAGUAUUAUGGUCAUUGUCGGAGCUGGCAUGCCUUAUUGGGUUGCUCAAGCCAUUCUUGGCAUCAAGCACUUAAAAAAAAAAAUUGUCUGUGUGUAUGAACUGCCAGCUUUCUAAAUAAACCGUUAGUCCCGUUCACUCCCAUUCAGCUGUACAGAAUUUACCAUCCCUAAUAAUACAUCAGUAUUCUCGGAAGUAGAUAGCUAGCAGCCUUUCUCUUCCCCCACCAAAGGAACGGCUGAUGUCCGUUGAUGGCUACCCCACCUGCACCGUGGACAGCUUGUGAAAUCCCCUUUCCUUGGUAUUCAUUUAGAAAUAUAUAUAUAUAUGUGUAUGUGUGUGUCUCCGAUGUAUCCAUCCGACGAACGGAAAUAUGCACUAAUGCUACAGGUACAACCGGUAGGAUUUUUACGGUGCAUAAGCCAACUGUUCAUGUUUGUAUUCUGUAACUUUGGUCUUUUACCUCACUGGGCUCCAUCUCAAAAGUCUUCAAUAAAAAAUUAUUCCGUCUCGCAAAGGAAACCACGCAAGAUUCCUGGCUGUAGGUUUUUUUUUUUCAGGGUCUCCGUAUAAAAGUACAUUCCUGCAUGCAUGGCUUCUUCAUAUCUCUGCUUAUAGUCUCUGUUCAGGCAAACAAGCUUUGUCAGCUUUUGUCUCUUCGGUUUCAAGUAGGGCAGCUUCGGGGAGUGAUCUCUUUUACCACCCCGAUCGAAAUAUCAGCUGAUCGGAGUUUUAGCUGGCGAGCUAAUUUGUUCAUUAAGCUAUGGGGAGAUUUCAAACCUUCCUUCCACCGAAGCCGUACCGUAUUCGAGUCACAGUAUCGUUCUCGUAUUACUGCCUGGAGAAAUCAAAAUCAUUAGCGAAACAAUUUUUUUUUAAAAAAAAUACCCUUUCCUGAAAAAUAGCAGCUGUGAAGAGAAGCCACGAGAACAUCUGGAAGUAGUUUUCUUCCCUGAAUUGAAGAAUGCCAAGAGUCUGGCCGCCACAAAGUUUAAUAAUAAUAAUAAUAUAGGGAGGACCUGUUUGGACAUGUGAUUAUUAGACUGCUAAAAUAUCAUGACUGCAGCUUCAAUUCAUUCGGUUUUUUUUUCUAAUCAAGGUAGUAAGGACAUAUUCCUUUUAGCUACAUAUUUAUUUGUUAAGAUUGUGCAUGCUUCAGACACGAUUUGGGAGAAGGCUUUGGGCUUUUGCGCAACGACCACACCUCUCUGCUACACAAUCAGGUUGUCUCUGAGAUUUCUGCAAGACCCUGAAAGAAAAGUGCCACUCCUUGCAAUUUAAGGAGCUGGUCCCUUAAAGCAACAGUACAUUAUUAUGACGAUGAUGAUUUUUACAAAUUUGCAUGGAAGCCUACAAAAGAUGUCUGAUAAACAGCAGAGAAUUGCUGGGCCAAAGGACUUCUGCCUAAACAUUUUCAGAACAGAUAAAUAUGGCUUUUGGGAGGGAGAAAUGGGUAGAGCUAGUGUGUCGUAUCACAUUUUGCCAUUUCACUGGGCAGAAACUGGUUAAAAAAAAAGCUAUUUUGCCAAAAGACCAAGUUUCAUUUCCUCCAGAGCAGUCUGUUGAAAUUCCAUCUCAAAACAAUGCAUUUCACUCCAAGCAUGAGCUCCAAUUAAUUGCACGUUAAAUCAAAUAAACAUUAAGUAAGAGUUUUACAAAUCAUCCAUAGCCAAAGCCAUAUGGGCUUAUUUAUUUAUUUUUUAAAACAAUGUUUAUUUGAGUGGUUAACAUGCAAAAAAAAACCACAAUCAGUUUAAGAACUCAACAUAAAAGAAAGCAAAGCAAUUAUUUAGCUCUUAUUGGAAAGUGGCUUUUCAAAGCAUUGCUUCUUCCAGGUCACGGACGUUUUUUGUUCAAAGGUAUCAGAUGAAAGAGUGAGCCUGCUUGCUAAUGUCAGUGUUUUUAAUAAAGUAAAUUAAAUUAAGUUUAAUAAACUUAAUGCUGUUUAUACAAACGCUAGAACAAGAACAAGUUAGCACUCCAUAUUGCUCGUUAAAUGUCCUUCCAGUCCAUUAAAGGGGAAAACUCAUCCACUUUCUCAAUUGUCUUUUAAAACAAACUCAAAAUCCAUGUUUAAAAAAAAAAAAAGAAGAUAAAAGCAAACCUAUAAAGAUGUGUAAAAUGAUGUAGAGUCAAAUGUCUAUUAUUUUGUAAGCUUUUUGAAGUAGCAUAUGGAUUUUUUAAAAUAAAAUUUGAGUUCCAUCCGGAACCCAAGAGCUGACUUCUUUGAUUUAGAAUCCAUAUAGGAUAAUUAAGAUGCAAUGUAUGAUAUAUAUAAGGCUGAGUUUUAAGUACAAGGUUCUAUUUAAACUCUAGGGCCACUUAUCUGCAAUUUUGUACAUUUCAUGAUAUAUUUGGAAAGCUUGCUUGCUUUUUGAGUUUUGUUUUGGUCUUUUUUUUCCCCCAGGGAGGGAAGUAUGUUCUGGAAAAUGAUGUGUUAUCUUACUGUUGAACAGCAAUUGCUAUUUAUUUUUUUAUGACAUACUGCAACCACCUGUAGAAGAAAAAAAAAAUCUUAUUGUACUCUAGAUCAGGAGUCUCCAACCUUGGCAACUUGAAGCCUGGCGGACUUCAAUUCCCAGAAUUCCCCAUCCAGCAAAGCAAAGCUGGCUGGGGAAUUCUGGGAGUUGAAGUCCGCAGGCUUCAAGUUGCCAAGGUUGGAGGCCUCUGCUCUAGAUGAUACUGAAAUCUCCCUUGAAUGUUACACUCCUCCUCCAUCAGUACACUUGUUUCCUUUAUGUGUUUAAUGUGACCGUUUGAGUACUGUAUGUGUUAAUUUCUACUUUUUUAAUAUUUAAAAUUGCUUUUAAAUAAAUGUAUUCCGUUGA